AGGAUUUGCUGAAAAUCAUGAGCGAAGGGCAGGCAGAUAUCGCCGUGAUUGGCUUGGCAGUCAUGGGUCAAAAUCUGAUACUCAACAUGGACGAUCAUGGCUUCAAGGUGUGCGCCUUCAAUCGCACCUUGUCAAAAAUUGAUGUUUUUCUUGCUAAUGAGGCCAAGGGAACGAACAUCAUAGGAGCUCAUUCUGUAGAAGAGAUGUGCCAGAACCUGAAGCGACCGCGUCGGAUCAUGAUGCUUGUGAAGGCUGGAGCUCCUGUGGACGCCAUGAUUGAGGCGAUUGUCCCUUUUCUAGAACAGGGUGAUAUUCUAAUAGAUGGAGGAAAUUCGGAGUACAACGAUACCAAUCGCCGCUAUGCAGAACUUCUCAAACGAGGGAUCCUCUACGUUGGCUGCGGAGUUUCCGGCGGAGAGGAAGGUGCCCGUUUUGGCCCAUCAUUGAUGCCUGGCGGAAAUCCAGAUGCAUGGCCACAUAUCAAGCAUAUAUUCCAGUCGAUUGCAGCGCAAACCGAUGGAGAACCGUGCUGUGACUGGGUGGGAAACGCCGGUGCUGGUCACUUCGUGAAAAUGGUUCACAACGGGAUUGAAUAUGGAGACAUGCAACUGAUUGCUGAAGCUUAUGAUCUGUUACUUGAAGGUGUAGGACUUAACUGCGAUCAAAUGGCGGAGGUCAUGGAAGAAUGGAACCAAGGCGAAUUGGACUCGUUUCUCAUUGAAAUUACUGCGAACAUACUCAGAUUCAAGGAUGAGAAUGGGGAACAUGUGCUUCCCAAAAUCAGAGAUGCUGCUGGACAGAAAGGUACUGGAAAAUGGACCUGCUUCGCUGCUCAAGAAUACGGUAUACCUGUCACGCUGAUUGGUGAAGCGGUGUUUGCCAGAUGCCUGUCAGGAUUGAAGGAUGAGCGAUCAGUAGCUUCAGAACGAUUAGUCAGGCCACAAGUAAAUCAUGAUGAGAUUAUACCAGACAAACGAGAUUUCAUCAAACACAUCAGCAAGGCUUUGUAUGCCUCAAAGAUUGUUAGCUAUGCUCAAGGCUUCAUGCUGAUGGCUGAAGCCAGCAGGAAAUUCAACUGGAAUCUGAACUUUGGAGCUAUUGCCCUAAUGUGGCGAGGUGGCUGCAUUAUCCGAUCCCGAUUCCUCGGUGAAAUCAAGAAAGCUUUUGACAAAAAUCCGGCUCUUCCCAACUUGUUGCUUGACGAGUUCUUCUCAAAAGCAAUGGCUGAAGCACAAACGUCUUGGCGGAUUGUUGUAACCUCAGCCAUACGUUUGGGAAUACCUGUACCCGCUAUGUCAUCAGCUCUAGCAUUCUACGACGGUUAUUCACGAAAGGUUCUGCCUGCGAAUCUUCUCCAAGCUCAGCGUGAUUACUUUGGAGCUCACACAUACGAACUCAUGGACGCUCCGGGAGUGUUUGUGCACACCAACUGGACAGGCAAGGGUGGACGUGUUACAAGUAAUGCCUACAACGCAUAAGUGUGAUACUGUAGCCCUCAAAGACGUUACUCGUUAGUUGCUAGUGUGCUUCUCAAUUUGCCCUAAGUUAGUUGAAUUGAUAUGAAUUACAUAUGGAUUGUUGAUCUGUCAGAGCUACAUAUGCAGAAAAUUCUAGAUUUUGUCAUAAUGAUUUUAUUUUUGUAAUUACUUAUACUUGGUUUUUGUCAUUAUUUACGAAUGUGAUGAUUUUCCUUUACCAAAUGCUCCGUCAUUAAUAUGAGGUCAGAUGAGACGUUGUUUUGCAUUUCACUCAGUUUAAACAUAUUGAUUAAGUAACUUUUUUAAUAAUGUAACCGUGUUUUUUGACGGUAUAGACAUUAAAUUCUUC